UCCUUCCGAAAUGAGCUUCUGCUGCACGUGAAGCCUUGUACGGGCAAUGACUACCACAUUCAAAGUCGGCCCCGAUCAACUUACGCACAUCAACGAGAUGGUUGCUUCGAUCAAUCGGAAAGCCCGUUAGUGUUUGUUUGCAAAUGAAGAGAUCGGUGGUUGCUGUUGAUCGAACCCCAACACGCUCAGAGUGGUACGCGUUUAGCUGUAAGUCGUCCCGUGUUUCCUGAUUGUGCAUUGCAAGCUGUAUCUUCAUAUACUCCAGCCGAUCAUCCAAAUGGGGUAAGAAAGCAGAUAUCUACUGUUGGUCAUUGAGGCACCAUCUAAUUCGGGAAGUGUAUGUGAUCUAGAACCUUUGCCAGCGAUAACGAUGCCGUCCACCUGACUACUAUGUCGAAAGGUGGUAUGAAGAAGAUAAAAUAAGCAACACGAUUGUCUUACAACGACCGGUCAGAAGCUCUUUGUCCUCGGUGCCAUCCCAAGAAGCAGAAGCUGGCGAUGGAAUGAAUGUCCAAUGACAUGAUUGUCCGGUGGCAGAACAUACGGACGAAGCUCCAUAUCUCUACAACUUCCGAGAUUUCAAUAAUCGAUGGAAAAUAUGGUUGGCUGAAAGUCGCAUGCCAUCUGCCACAUGCCACAUGUGCGUGGGAGCAGCUCAAAAAUCGGUCGGUUACCAGUCAUGCAGCGAACCUACCGUUGCUGGCUCCCAAUAGGAUUACAGAAUCUCCUCCGAGGAAACGAAAUCAUCGCGGUUGCAGAAUCUAUACGCACAUGUCAGCAAUGUCGCGAAGCCAAUUAAAAAACGGAGGUGCUUCUGAGGACAAAUGGCUUUUUGUCUAUAAGAACGAGAAGGCGCACAUACGGUUAAGGCCUUUGCAACUGUACUUGGACGUGGCUUUGCAGAUAUAACGUGGCGCGCGACCCAGCACUGAUCCUCUCGACAUCGGCACUUGAUACCCUACUUCCAUCUGCAAAGCAACCGCAACACGCGAUAUACGAGGCACUGCGCCUCUAUGGUAUGCUAAACUCUGAAUGCGAAAGCACUCAAAUCGCUUUCCAAUCCGGCUAUCGGGCCUUAGCUCAACAUUCAGAUGGCCUUCGACUACACCACCCCGAAAGGUCCAUCGUUGACACCAGCAUACGACACGAAACGACACCUCCAAUCUUAGGCUCAUCGAACGCACUUUUGAUAAAGUGCUCGAGGUAUGAAUUAAACGAUUAUUGGCUUUAUGAUGAGCAGUGUUCCUGUCGCUCUUUGGCAACUUAAGGCUAUACUUGGGCUACCCACAACAUGUAGCCGUCGGACUUCAACGACAGACUACAGAGGUCGUGCGACACGGUGCCAAUCCGGAUAUAACGGCUUUCUUUACUUGGAUGCGAACGAGCAGACCACGAAGUACUGCGUUAUUUCCUCAAAAGGACGAUAUUUCGAUGUCGCAGAUACGAAAUCAAUCGCCAAUACAUCGUACUACCCCAGACUUACUCUAAAUCAAGUUUUCGCCAUGCGCAGCCCAGCAGAUUCGAGUAUCUCCAAGGAAGAUCCAUUUCUACCUUCCUUAUAGACGGCUAUGUGAUGGGAGCGUCCGGGAGUUGAUCCUAGCCAGUAGGAGCUGGGAAGUGCUGACAAACAAGUCCAAUAGAAGCAUCUGCACGCUGGGCUCUCAGACUGCAGGCUCAGUCAACGCAGAUGUAUUUGGUCGACAUUCAUCGUAAGAAAUACGCCUUAUCCUCUUAUCUUUCGCCAUCGCUUGGCGUGCAGUCAUCUUGGUUGACGGUUUGGACGUUGCUUGUCCUAUUACAAUU